AAACACAUCAAUUGUUUGCAAAAAAGGAAGUGAACUAGAAACAUUAAAUUAACCAGCAAACCGUCAUUCAAUAUUUCGAAAAUCGGCGAGAAAAAUACAAAUAAUACGUUCGUUCAAUUAACCAUUCAACUGCGGAGCUUAAAGUUCAGACAUUGUUAGAAUACUUAAUUUUUUUUUUAAUGGGGGUUCAAGACGUCCUGAGCUAUGUUCUUUUCACAAACCCAAUUAGUUCGACUGCUGGUUCGUAUGCAAAAUUAGCAGCCUCUUCUGUUGUCAAUUACACCGGACUGACUCCAAAAAUCGAAUAUAAAAUGAUACCUCCGGAGCCAUUGUGGAAAAUAGCUGCAAGAUCUGGCCCAUGGAUGAGGAUCGCAGCUCUCAGCGGAGCCGCUGCAGUCAUUCUUGGAGCAAUAGGAGCUCAUAGAAAGUAUCCAGAUGACAAGGGUCUUGAACAGAAGCAAGUAUUUGAUACUGCAAACAGAUACCACUUCAUUCAUGCUCUGGCAAUGAUGGGACUGCCGUUUUGCAGGGUUCCAAUUCUGGCAGCAAGUUUCAUGGUGACAGGAACAUUCCUAUUUUGCGGUACUUGUUACUACACCGCAUUCACAGGUGACAAACGUUUCAGCCGGUUCACACCGAUCGGUGGCACAUGCCUCAUUCUAGGCUGGUUAUCGAUGUGUAUUUAAGAAGAAAAUACGGCGCACAAAUUCAUAUUGACGAAUAAAUUCUCAAAUAUUCGAGUUCUAAUGUACGAGAAAUGGAAGAAAACAAAUUUGCGAUGAUGGUGUAUAUUUUUAAAACAUGACAGUAGAAAAAAAGAAGAAAGCGAGUUUUUGCAAUGUAUUCCGUUGUACAGCAAGCUUGGUGGGUGCUUUAAAAUAAAGGAUUUUUUUAGGA